AGGUUGGAGUGGGUCAACUUCGUAGAAAUAAGCCUGGCUAUGACAUUGACAAGGGUGGAAUAAAUGAUGCUAAAAAGGAAAAGAAUGAGGUUUCACGGGUUAAUAUUGAUAGUGUGAGUGGCGAUGAUUUAGAGACAAUUUUAAGACAAAAGGCUUUGGAAAAUAUAAAAAGUUUCCGAAGUGGACUUGGACAAUCCCAAGCAGCUGCAAAGAGUGCUGUGAUGAUAAGCAUGAUGGUGCGGUGGAGGCACUGUCCCCUGUGAUGCCUGAACUAGGCCAAAUUAAAUCCUCCAAGAGUAAUCUUACCAGAAUGCCGAGAGAAGACUAUGCUUAUUUUUUGCAACAUAAGAAGAUUCCCAAUGGAGGGAUUUGUGGCAGUGAAUCUAGCUCUGCUAGGAAUAAUGUUCAUCCACCUGACCAGGUGGCUAUUCCUGGCAGAGAAAAGGUUAGUACAGUUUCUAGUUAUAGUAAAAACAAAACAUGGUUGAUUACAUCAGCAUCAAGGCAAGCAUUAUCAAAUGCUACCACCACCCUAGAAGAAACUUUGGAUUCACCGGAAGCUAAUCAGGCAAAGUUGGCAAGUGGGACUAGCUUAGGCAAGAGUGCCACCCUGAAAGAAGCACCUACCCCACUGGAAGCCAAUCAGGCAAAGUUGAGGAGUGGGAGUAAUGUAGUUAAGAAUGCCACUCAUGGUGCUCACACUGUCACCUCUCCCACCUCUCCCAUAGUCAAUGGCAAUGAUGCCUCUGUUUCUACUCCUGCCGAACCUUCAGCCUGCAUUGCAUCUUCAGCAGGAGAUAUUACCUUGAAUAAAUCGCUUGAUGAAGGCAAGGCUGGCUCACAGUUGGAACAGAAGACAACGUCUGUAACGUGUGGUGGGGAAAUGGUACAGGUGAAUUACAAGGUCUACAUUCCUAAGAGAAUCUCUGCAUUGGCUAGGAGGCAACUCAAGCGGUGAUGUUUAUGGUGGGAUAGGCAUGGCACUGCAUGUGAAGGUUUUGCUCAUGCAUCUUAUAAUAAAAAUAUUUGCACAAUAAGAUAGAAACCUUUAAAAUUAAUUUUUGACCGACUUUAUUCAGCACCUGAACUUUAGUGGGAAGAAGAUUGAUUUUUGUAUUAAUCAUCAU